AUGGCUAUGGAGGUCUCAGACCGUGAACAAAGCUCCCAAGAGCUGGAUUUGGAGGAGAUAACUAGGAAAAUUUCAUUUCUUGACAAAUGGAGGGAAAUCUUUAGUUGUCACAGGUUGGGAACCAAUAAUACAACUUCUCAGAAUCAUGAAGGCAACCAUAUAUUUGCUGAUGAAAGUGAAGAUGGACCAGGAAGACCUCAGCCCAAAGGACAAGGACAGUUGCCAUUAAGUAGCCUUUGGUCUAUUCCCAAUGCCUUUAUCAUCACUUCAAAAUCAGGCGGCUUUCCUAUCUCCCUAGCAAUGGCCAUGAAGCUGCGGCAGAGCCUCUUUGGAAAUACAGUCCAUGUCUUCAGCGAUGACUGGGAAAAGGCCUGUUUCAGGUUCCAUGAUCCUUUUUCUGACCUGGCUUUUGCUUUGGAAGUGGGAAAGGGAGGUGCCCGAAGCAUUCAGAUGGCUGUGCAAGGAUCCCUCAUCAAGUACUUGUUGUUUACAAGGGAAGGGAAAGACUGUGACUUCCACAGUUUAUGUGCAAUAAGCAAGCAGGAGCAGAAGCAAGCCCUGGCCGCGGCCCUCGCUGGUAUCCUGUGGGCUGCAGGAGAAGCGCAGAAGGCCACCCUCUGUCUUGUCACUGAAGACACUUACGUCGCCUCAACUCCUGACUACUCUGGGGACAAUUUCACGGAGCGGCUCCAACUGUUUGAAGUUUUAGACAAAGAAGCCACUGAGAAAUUCAUCUAUGAUCAUUUACACUGUUUCAGUGGGGAAGGGAGCCGUGGUGUCAUCCUGUUUCUGUAUAGCCUGGUCUUCUCCAGAACUUUUGAAAGGCUUCAGAAAGACCUAGACGUCUCCACCAUUCACCUGUUACAACCAAAUGCUGGAGGCUUCCUAUGCAGGCAGGCAGUUUUGAACAUGAUUUUAACUGGAAGAGCAAGUCCACAUGUCUUUAACGGCUGUCAAAGUGGAAAGUCUCAAGAAAUAUUACAUGGAGUCCAGACCCGCAGUGACAUUGGCUAUUUGCAGUGGGGCAAGGACGCCUCAGAGGAUGAUAGGCUUUUGCAGGUGGGCAGCAUGCUGAAGACUCCCAAGUUACCGAUUUGGCUGUGCAACAUCAAUGGAAAUUACAGUGUCCUUUUCAGCACAAACAGGCAGCUCUUAUCAGACUGGAAAAUGGAGAGGCUCUUUGAUCUGCACUUUUACAGUGGGCAGCCCUCACAGAAAAAGCCUGCCUGUCUUACCGUAGAUACUCACUCCCAUCCCUGGGAAAGGGACCAGCGUGAGGACACACAUGGACCAGGAAGACGGUUUUCUCCAGUGGAAAUGACAAUCAGAACCAAGUGGAGAGAGGCCACUGUCAACUGGAAAGGAGCCGGUUCCUCUUCCUAA